UCUAAUCUUCACCAUUUACACAAUUUCCUUUCUUUCCUUCAAUCUCUUCAUUCUCUCUGGCCAUGGCUUCUUUGGCAGCCUCCACCGCCGCCGCCUCCCUCGGGGUCUCCGAAAUGCUGAGAAAUCCUCUUAGCUUCUCCGGUGCCUCCGCUAGAUCGGCUCCCUCUGCUUCUAGCCCGGCCACCUUCAAAACCGUCGCGCUUUUCGGGAAGAAGCCCGCUGCACCAUCCAAGCCGAAGCCCUCCGCUGUCUCUCCAGUCAAUGACGAGCUCGCCAAGUGGUAUGGUCCGGACAGAAGGAUUUUCUUGCCCGAUGGGUUGUUGGACCGAUCGGAGAUCCCCGAGUACUUGAACGGAGAAGUCCCCGGCGACUACGGUUAUGACCCCUUUGGACUCAGCAAGAAACCAGAAGACUUCAGCAAAUACCAAGCAUUUGAAUUGAUUCAUGCAAGAUGGGCCAUGCUUGGAGCUGCUGGUUUCAUCAUCCCUGAGGCCUUCAACAAAUUCGGCGCUAACUGCGGCCCCGAGGCUGUCUGGUUCAAGACUGGAGCUCUGCUUCUUGAUGGAAACACAUUGAAUUACUUUGGAAACAACAUUCCCAUCAACCUCAUUGUCGCCGUCAUUGCUGAGGUUGUUCUUGUUGGUGGUGCUGAAUAUUACAGAAUCAUCAACGGCUUGAACUUUGAGGACAAGCUUCACCCGGGAGGGCCGUUCGACCCGUUGGGGCUAGCGGACGACCCGGACCAGGCAGCGAUCUUGAAGGUGAAGGAGAUCAAGAAUGGGAGAUUGGCAAUGUUUGCAAUGCUAGGGUUUUACUUCCAAGCAUAUGUGACAGGAGAAGGGCCAGUGGAGAAUUUGGCAAAGCAUUUGAGUGAUCCUUUUGGAAACAACUUGCUCACAGUCAUUUCAGGGAAUGCUGAAAGAGUUCCAACUCUUUAAAUCAAUGAGUGGAUUCAUUUUAAAGCCACAAGCCAAUCCCAAGUUUGUGUAUUGAAGAAUGAAAAUCUUGAAUGCUUUUGUAAAUUGGUAUUGAGACUAUUUGUAGCCCCUGACUACUCACUCUUGCAUUUGAAAGAGAUAUGAAAAAGGAGUUAAGAUCAAAUUUUUCUAUCAAA